AUUACUUAUCUGUUGAGCUUGAUCAUGAAUAGAUAAGAAAUUUUGAUGCUACUUACUAAAAUAUUAUUCAAUACAUACCAACUAGAAGUCCCUUGAUCAAGUGAUGUGUAUUUAUGGAAAUGGGUAACUGUAUUCCAUCUGGUAUCGAUCUGAACGACAUGGUUCAUGCACCCCAAUCGAAUAAACUAAGAGAUAGUUCUGGAAUUUUGCAAUGCAACACAUGUGAGACAAUGGAUUAUGGAAGUAGUCCAAAUGAUUUCGGUCUAAACGAAAUGGAUUCUGAUAUAAAACUUCCCCUACUCACACGAAUAUUCUCACGCCAGACACACCACAAUAACUCAAGUAAUGGUGAUUUUCACCCUGAUUCACUUGGAAGUAACGGGCUAUUUUCACAAAACACUGGUAAAAUAAACGUAUCUUCAGGUUUAGUUAAACAGGACAUGAAGUGGAAUUCGCAGCCUGCGCGACCAGUGUUGGAACUAUUUACGACUCCAUCCAUGAGCAGAGAACUAGAUACCCCAAGCGAAACUCAAAAACUAUUACCUUAUACUGCCGAAAAUAUUACAAAUGUGGAAGUAAAACGAAAUUCUGAUAAAACAAGAGGUAUUACAAACGAGGACAGUGGGAUGGAAAGCUGUUCAAUAGACAGUCAUUUAAAAAGUUUAUACGUAUAUUGUGACGUCAAAAAGAACGACUCAAAAAAAUCAUCACCUGGAUUGGAAUUAAAAAGUAUAACCAGUGAAAACGUUUAUGGAAAGACAAUCCCACUAAUAAACUUGGUUUAUCCAAGAAAAGAGAAAAUUACUGAAAGUGCACAAAUUACUGAAAUAAAUUCUAGCCCUUCCAUUAUGUCUAAAUGUUCUCUGAACAAAAAUCAAGUGGAACCUGUACUACCCUUUUAUGAAGAAUGGUUAUACGACAAAAAUAAACAGAACUUGAGCGGCGAUUCAACAUAUAGCAUUUCAAAUUAUCGAAAGCUUUCGGGCGAACAAAGGCGAGUCCAACCACUUGUAGCCGUAGCCAAAACGACUUACUCUCAAAAAUACCCUCAUGAAUUAAAUGUUUCAGAAGGAGAAAGGUUACUGAUACUUAAUCGCGUGUCGGCUCCACGUAAUAUAAUUGAAGGUAGAUCAAGCUCAUUAACAAAGGAUGAAGAUUUCUGGCUAGUUGAAAGAAUCGAGCUAAAGCAUAUGUCUAACCACUGUUCACGGAAAGGAUUGGUGCCAGGAGAAUAUUUGCAAAUUAUUGGUGAUUCUUUAACCACCCACAUUUCCUGGUUUGAUAUUGACAGAAAUGAAGCAGAAAGAUUACUGCUUCUAAUGGGUAACCCGUCGGGAACAUAUAUUAUACGUCCAUCUUCAGAUUCAGAUGAGACAUUCGCUCUAUCAGUACGGUAUUUGGACCAAUCGACACUGAUUUGGUCAGUGAAGCAUUACCGAAUAAGAUUUAGACUGAAAGAAGAAAAAUAUCAUAUAUUCCGCCGCAUUUCAUUUCCGACUAUUGAUCAACUGGUGGCACACUAUACAGUAAAUGCCGAUGGAAUCGCCUGCUGCUUAACUACACCAUAUCCGAAAAAUUACGAGCCACCAACAAAAUUAUCUUUGCUAGAAGUAAAUCGAAAUAACUUUGGAUUCAUUAAAAAACUUGGACAAGGAAGCUUUGGUGAAGUAUGGUAUGGAACGUGGAAUAAUCAAAUGCCCGUAGCGAUAAAAAAAUUACUUGGGAAUGGUAACAUGAAUCAUGCAAGAUUUCUGAAUGAAGCUGAACUUAUGCACCGACUGAAUCAUCCGAAUGUAGUCAGAAUUUUGGCUGUAUGCACACUUCCUACUAAUGAACCAACUUACAUUAUAAGUGAACUAAUGGAAAAUGGAUCUUUGAAACAGUAUAUGCAGAAGCUUAAUCCUGUAGAAAUCAGAAUGAAGAAUCUACUUGAAAUGAUGAAAGAUGUUGUCGGAGGAAUGGUGCAUUUGGAGGAACAGCAUUAUGUUCAUCGGGAUCUAAGAGCCAGUAACAUUUUAGUUGACAGUAAAAAUAGACUUAAGGUGGCAGAUUUCGGUUUGGCUCAUUUGCUUAGUGAUUCAGACGAAUACAUUGGAACGCUGGGUAAGUUAGACUAUAACAUCUGAUUUCACUUAAUUGUUUAUAUGUGAUAGUAUUUUGAACGCAGUCUAUAUUCCAAAUAAGUGUUUUAAAAAUUGUGUUUGAUCAUGCGUAUCACAUGAUACCUUUGAUGUUAAAACUAUGACCCUCAUGUCAAUACUUGUGUUAAUUCAAACUAAACAACUAAACGAAGUUUAAAUAAAUUAAUCAAAUAUGUCAUGAAUAUCAGUUAUGGUAAGCAUUAGUGAUUCCGAUCUUAUUAAGAAAAAGCUCAAACAUAUGGUAUUUUUUUCAGUGAUAGAGUAAUAAAUUACUAAACUGCAGAUCAAACGUGUGUUUUUACUGCUUAUGAAUAAUCAUUCUAAAAUUAUUUAGAAUACACAGUUUUAACAGUAUUCCUGAGUGAUACCAUGUAUAUUCAUCCAUAAACUAAUAGACUUCGACCACCUUACUUUAACAAUUUAUUACUUGAAAUAAAAUUUUGCCACCAGACUAGUACAAUAGAUUCUUUCCCAAAAAAGCCAAUAUUUAAAUUCGACUUGGCACUUGUCCAGUCUGUUAUCAUAUCAAAGGAAGAAAGAUAGCUUUUUUGUUUUAAUGUGUGUAUCUCCUCCCAGUCAUAAAUUUUUUCGAGAUGAGACAUGAAACUAAGUUCUAUUGCUUAUUUUAUCAUGUGCAGCUCUUAGAUAGAUUUUUCUAUCACUUUUCAAAUGUUCUCACUUAAGUAGUUUAAAACUUUCUUGAUAUAUUUGUCAUUGAACGAUUCUCUCCUAAAAUAUGACUGAAGAUCAUCUGGUAGGGAAGCAUUACAAAAACUAAAAUCUACCCGUUUUUGACUUUCCGCCCUUAAAUCUUAUUUAAAAACCUUUAAAAUCAAAACUCCUCUCGAAACGUAUAUAUGGGUGAUUACACCAGCAGUCUGAACAGCUGGAAAAAUAAUCCACUAGAAUCACCAAUCAUUAAGCUUGCUUGAGCUUCAGACUAUAACAUAGAAAAAAAGCAUGAAUACGUACAUCUGACAGAAAUUGAUCCAUAUUAAAACCAUUAUUUUAGUAGACUACAACAAAGUAGUUUUUUCAGACUGGCUGAUGUUUUGAUUCUUUGUUUACUUGAAACAACAUUAGUUUUUCGAACUUCUUUAUUGACUUUUAGCAUUGCAACUGAUCAGUCUCAUCCGCGAUAUGUGCAUCCUGUACCUAUUGCCUUAAUCUUGGUAUUAAGCCACAAGAAUUAUAAACAGAGAUGGUGGCUAGCAGUCGAAUCCAACUCUGGAAUACAGGUACAUCCAGUUAAAAAAUCCCGAAAAAAAAUGAAACUCAAGUCUUGGAUUCCACUGCUAGCUGACACCUAUCUCUGCUUCCAAUAUUAAUGUUGUUAAGUAAUUACUUUGUAAUUCAACCAUUAAGUUUUUUUCAGUAACUAUUGUUUUAAUAAUGAAAUGACUUUCUAUUUGUCUGUCAUCCUUACCGAAAUGCACAACAAAAAUCACAAACCAUAAGAAACCAAAUAUCCCGUACGAUGG